AUGGCAGAUAAUGCCCCAAUCGAUAUAAUCCGAUCACACCAAGACGAUCUGGAUCGAGAGAGUGCCAAGCAAGAGCAGAGGCUGAACCCGCAGUCAGAGCAGCCAGCCGAGGCCGACGAAGAUGAGAAAUACAAGCGCGACGUGCCCCCAGAUGGUGGAUAUGGCUGGGUCUGUGUCGCCUGUGUUUUCUGGAUUAAUGCGCAUACCUGGGGUAUCAACAGCAGUUACGGUGUCUUCCUCAGCUAUUAUCUCUCACAUAACGUAUUCCCAAACACAUCAGCCCUAUCAUACGCCUUUACUGGCGGGCUGAGUAUCUCAUGCGCUCUUCUAGUGGCACCGCUAGCCACACGUUUCAUUCAUAUGUGGGGUACACGAUUCGUGCUAAACCUAGGCGUAUUCUUCGAAACACUCUCAUUGAUCGGCUCCUCAUUCGCAACUCAAAAAUGGCACAUCUUCCUCAGCCAGGGUGUUUGUUUCGGCUGGGGCAUGGGCUUCCUCUUCGUUGGCAGCGUCGGCAUCGCCCCGCAAUGGUUUGAGAAGCGUCGCAGUGUAGCGAUGGGAAUCACGGCAGCCGGGUCUGGACUCGGUGGUUUGAUAUAUUCGCUCUCAGUUGGUGCUAUCAUCCCACGCUACGGACUGGCCUGGGCUUUCCGGAUUCUCGGCAUCAUCUCUUGUGUCGUGAAUCUGGUUUGCUGCAAUCUUCUCCGAGAUCGGAACAAGGCUGUUGGCAGUCGAUUCACAGCUUUCCAUUUACCUCUUCUGCGCCGUCCUGAAUUCCUGCUCUUUUUGGGAUGGGGUGUUUUCAGUAUGCUAGGAUAUGUGGCUCUGAUCUUCAGUGUUGCCAACUUUGCUCUCUCUGUUGGUUUGUCCUCGCACCAGGGCAGUAUUGUCUCUGCCUUGCUCAAUCUUGGGCAGGGUCUUGGUCGUCCGUGUGUUGGCAUGUUCAGUGAUCGACUUGGUCGGAUCAAUAUUGCGACUUUCUUGACUUUCAUCUGCGGUUUGUUCUGUCUCGUCAUUUGGAUCUUUGCUGAUAGCAUGGGCGUCGUUUGUUUCUUCGCUGUACUUGUUGGCACCGUUUCUGGCACCUACUGGGCCACCGUUUCCCCUGUUCUUGCAGAGAUCAUCGGCAUCAGAGAUCUUCCCUCUGGAUUGAGCAUUACCUGGCUCAUGCUUGUUCCUCCGUGUACCGUCUCCGAGGCUAUUGCCCUCGAACUUCGCAGCGAUGUCACUGGAGGCGGCACUUCCUAUCUGCGGGUUCAGAUAUUCACCGGUUUUAUGUAUGUUGGCGCCUCCUUGUGCUUGUGGGUUGUCCGUGGUUGGAAGGUUGGCGAGUUGGAGCGUGCAGCAAAAUGUGAUACCCAGACACGUGAGACUUCAUUGACUGAAAAUAGUGGGAGUGAGAAGCAAGAUCGCCCUGCAAGUGUCUCCUUGGGUUCGGCAACAGCAGUGGAAGAUAUCAACUUAUGGGCUUCGGUCAAUUUGGUCAGGAGGAUGGUUGCAUUCAAGCGUGUCUGA